AUUAUGGUAUAAAAUCUCAUUUAAAAAUGACUGAAUUUUCAAAAUUUGUUAGUAUUUGUUGGAAUUCUGAGCCUGAAUUCGUUAAAGAAACUUAUAAAAAUAUGGCAAAACAAGUUAAAGAUGAAUUGGAACAAUUAAGAAAGAAUAAUUCUUCAUCAAGGAUAGUUGAAAAUUCAAAUAAUUCAAAUACGCAAUUACUUAAAAACAUUAAUAAUUUGAGAAAAGGUAAUGUUAGCGAUGAAAUUGCAAAAAAUGCUUCUAAAAAUAAUAAAGAACAUGGAAAUGAUGAACCUGCAAAUAAUAUUGUAUAUGAAUUUGUUCCUAUAUCACCGGAAACUAUAAAAGCUAGACAACCAAAGGAAAAAUCAAAGGUUAAACCAUCUGUAGAUACUCCUUGGGUUACUGAAUCUACUUUUACAGUUGCUCCAAAUUCUACCUUUACAAGUACACCAACAUCUGAAUUGAUUAGUAACGACGAUUGUAAUAUUGCGUAUUCCGUAGCACAUUCAUCAGACAAUUCGAACUAUAUUACAAGUGAAGAAAUUGAUUGGGAUUUAAAUUUCUUAACUGCGCAAUAUCCAGUGGAACAAAUAUUUUAUGACAAUUGUAUGUUUCAAAAUCUCUCGCAGGGAUUACCAAAUGAGAGAAUUGGUGUUGAAUUGCAGGAUUUAUAUUUACAAA